UCAAAAUCAAUGUAGAAUCCUACUGCAACUUCGUUUUCUCGAGUUCCUCUCAAUCAAUUAACUGGAUUUGUUAAUCUGAAGCUAAAGGAGGAUAAUCACUAUACCUGGAAGAAUCUUAGACUCCGGUGAUUCAUAAAUAUAUAUAAGCUAAUGCGUUUUAUUGAUGGUUCACAUCCAUGUCCUCCUCAAUUUACUUCGCCGAGGAAUGAGAUGAAUGGAAUUGAGAAUCAGUUGUUUCUAGACUGGAUUGAUGAAGAUUCAACUAUUAUUAUGUGGAUAAAUUCAACAAUUUCAGAUUCUGUCAUCGCUUACUUCUCAAGAUCAACAACUUCUCAUCAAUUAUGGACAAGCAUCGAAGAAAUAUUUUCCAGAGCUUCUUCUACUCAUUCUAUACAACUUCGUACAAAGAUAUUAUCUCUCACACAAGAUGGAGGCUGGAUUCUUAAUGGGUUUUUUUUAAAAAGAGGGUCAGAAGAUGAACUGGUGAAGAAAUAAUUGCUUUCUUAAGGCAUUCUUUAUCUAAUUGAUGUGGAGAUUUAUCUCUUUGGUCAUGCA